AUGGAAUAUCCCUCAUUUCUUCUUGUAAAUUUUGUAAUCCUAGCAGCCUCCAUUUUGCUUCUUUUUUAUUAUCUAAGCCAAUUUAAAGCCUUUAAGGUUAGAGAUCAUAAACCUAACACACCCCCUGAAGCAGAUGGAGCAUGGCCUAUAGUAGGCCACCUUCAUUUGCUUCGAAGACUUAAACUUCCCCAUAUAGUAUUGGCAGACAUGGCUGAUAAAUAUGGCCCGAUUUAUACUCUCAGGCUCGGACUGCACAAGUUUGUCGUGGUUAGCAGUUGGGAAUUGGUCAAGGAGCUGUUCACAACACAUGAUUUGGUCGUGGCAUCCCGUCCCAAAUUGGUAGCUACAGAACACUUGGGCUAUAACAAUGCUAGUUUUGGUUUUGCUCCAUACGGGCCAUUUUGGCGCGAGAUGAGGAAGAUUGUUUCUUUGGAGUUGCUUUCUAGCCGACGUCUAGAUAUGCUCAAGCAUGUGCAAGUCUCCGAAACAAAAACUUCCAUCCAAGAGCUCCAUAAGUUGUGGAGGGAAAGAAACAAUGGGCUAGACUAUGUCACGGUGGAUAUGAGUCAAUGGUUCUCCAAUUUGACACUAAACAUGAUCCUUCAAAUGAUUGCCGGUAAAAGGUAUUUUGGGACUAUGAUGGAUGGACCAGACAAGGACGAGGCGAGACGGUGUCAAAGGAUAUUUAGGGAGUUUUUUCGUCUCCUUGGGGUAAAUAUGGUGGGUGACGCGAUACCUUGGCUUCGAUGGUUAGACUUAGGUGGUUGUGAGAAAGCCGUGAAAAGAAUCGGGAAAGAAGUAGACGACCUCGUGGAGGAGUGGUUAAAGGAGCAUCAUCAUCAAAGGAGCUGUAGUAGCAAGGCUAGAAAAGAUGACCAAGACUUCAUGGAUGUGAUGAUUUCAACACUAGAAAAUGCAAACAUUUUUGGCUACGAUGCUAAUACUGUCAACAAAGCCACAUGCGUGAAUUUGAUAACAGGAGCUACCGACACAACAUCUGUCGUGUUGACAUGGACCCUUAGCUUAAUCAUGAACCACCCGGGCGUGUUGCGCAAGGCCAAGGAAGAGAUGGAUGUUGAAGUGGGGACGAAAAGGCAAGUGGAAGACUCGGAUAUUCCCAAGUUAGCUUACCUCCAUUCCAUAGUCAAAGAGGCGCUAAGACUUUAUUCCCCGGGUCCUCUUGGAGGGAUAAGAGAACUCUCCCAAGACAUAAACAUAGGAGGCUACAAUGUUCCAAAAGGGACAAGGCUCAUCACACACCUUUGGAAGCUCCAACGCGACCCAAAAGUGUGGUCGGAGCCUUCAGAAUUUCGACCAGAGAGGUUUCUCAAUACUCACAAAGGAGUUGAUGUUCGGGGCCAACAUUUUGAGUUGAUUCCAUUCGGGGCAGGUAGGAGAGCAUGUCCCGGAACCAAUUUUGCUAUGCAAAUUUUGCAUUUGGUGCUUGCUAAUUUGAUACAUGCCUUUGACCUCUCAACUCCAAACAAUGAACAAGUUGACAUGACUGAGAUUCCGGGCUUAACCAACUCUAAGGCCAUCCCUCUUGAUUUACUCAUUACUCCUCGGCUCCCCCAGAAUCUUUAUGAAUAACCCAUUAACUAUUAUGAACUUGUUAAAUAUAAAUUUAUUUCAAUAUUAUGGAUGUCGAAAUA